AUGUCUACCACAUCCGAGCUUCUCAAGCCUUCAAGUGGCGGUAUCAGCAAGCGUGCUCGCCAUCUCGCCGAAUCUGAGGAGGAUCGCCUGGGAAAGCUCGUCGGAUUGGAACGAUGGAUCGAGAGCGUGGGCCACGGUCGAGGUGCUGCCGUCUGCAUCUGCGGCCAAGUCGUUCAGGCGGAACCACUCGGAGACGCUUUCAAGCUUGAGCUCAGCUGUCUUGAGUCCAACGAGCCCUCGCAUCGACCGAGCAUCUCGCUGACUUUCACCGGCGAGCUCGCAAGCAAAGUAUCAGAGCCGUUACUGUUGCUCCAUCGACUGGGACCACCAGCUGUGGUCUAUAUCUCUGGCUUCGCAGCUGACUUGGCCAGCACAGCUCACGCCGCUCCUCAUGCCGUUUUUCAGCACGAAAAGGUCGUCAUCAAGAUGUCGCCACAGCCGUCUUCCGCCAACCCAGGGACCCCUACUUCGGCCAUAUGGGUCGAACAGCUUGCGUCUCACCCCAUCUUGACUUCAAGAACACCAACACCAGCACGCACCGUGUCGGCACCAGCACUCUCAUGCGCUCGGCAGCCUUCACAGAUGCCGCCAUCUCGAUCUGUUACGGCCGCUGCCACUCCUCUCGAGCCGGCUCCGCCAAGUCAGCUUUCCGAUUGGUUCGCCACCCCUGCUCCUUCCGGCAAUGCACCCCAAACGACCACCAGUGCAGGUACGUCCGCACUCACUUCUCUGCCGCCGCCACCACCUCAGCCCGCGAAUCCUGCCAGGACCUCUGCCUCAGCUGCCGGCUCAAGCGCAAUCAAAAGCGAAGCUCAAGCUGGCUCAUCUUCGAUCUGGCCGCGCCCCGUCGAAAGAGCGUCGUCAAGGCAGGCCUCUGCUGCUCCCCCCGCCCCGCCACGACGCAAUGCACCUAACGUCAAGCCACGCAAGAUGGGCAAUUGCCUUUAUACGCCCAUGUCGAUGGUUCGCGACGGCGAACGCGCCAGCAUCAUCGGCGUUGUCGUCGCCGCUGGUGACCCUCGUCGAUCCACCAGCGGAACACGUGAUCUCAGCAUCAAGAUCACCAUCGCAGAUGCAUCGUGCCUCUCAGGGACCGGAUAUGCCAAGGAGCUGGCAAGGUCGAUGACGGUCAUGCUCUUCGCACAGCAGAGCGAGCGCAUCCCGCAAAACGUCAAGCCUGGCCACAUCGUCGCUGUUCGCGGCGUCCACAUUCAGAUGUUCUCCGGCAAGCCGCAAGCAGUGGGCAAAUCGGCUGCCACGUGGAGCUGGGCCAUCUACGACCCAGUUUCGGGCGACGUUCGCGCCUCUUCCAACUUUCCUCUCGCCUCACACACCCCUCCUGAAUGCAGCGCCGAGGAGAUGGAACACUUCCGCGACAUGGCCAACUGGUUCUCGGAGCUGCAAGGCGUCGAUGCCAACAUCAUGACUAGAUCAUCGCGUCCUACCCUCAAGCUCCAAAAGGUCGGCGAGAACACCUUCUUCGACACCGUCGUCGAGGUCUUGAAGGUCUAUACCCACACGCUCGCACCUGACCUGUACGUCACCGAUUACACCAACCAUACUCUGUUCUAUCGCGGCAACGACAAGUAUCUCCGACUCGAAAGCGAGAUUCCGUACCCUGACGACACGGACGGAUGGGGUCAUGUGUUCCAGAUCAGUCUAUGGGACAGCCAUGCCACCAUCGCGGAAGGUCUCCAGACGGGCGACAUCAUCCGCAUCCAGAAUGUCCGGCCCAAGCUCAACCCGCGAGGACUCCUUACCGGUGGCCUUGGCAGUAGCACCGACAGCGGCAUCAAGAUCCGCACCCUCAAGCCCACAGACGAGGCGCGCAUCGAUCUCGAGAAGCGACGCACUCGCUUCAUGGAGACGCUCUUCAAUGCUGAAGAAGAGGCGUUCGCGGAUCGAGCUGAACGCGAUUUUGGUCGGGCUUCCCAAGAAGAGCCGAACGCCCACCAACAGGCUCAGCCAGGAGAGCAGAACCACCAAGCAGAGCCGACCAUCCCGGCACGACAGAAGCCGAUCGCCGUGAGUGCGGUGUCUGCGGCAGCGGUAGUGACGGCUUCUGAAACGACCACAAGGACGAGCGCUCCCGCUGCUCAAGCCGUGACAGCCACGCAGCCGAGUCCAGCUUCGUCCACACAGCCUCCCUUCCCGACACCAGCCCAGCGUCAAGCACGCGUGCUCCAAGAGGCAACGCCGUCCAAGAACGGAAAUGCAGCGCCGACAGCACUUGGCACCAGCAAUAAUGGCAAUCGCACAGCAGAUGAUCUUUCACAGAUCGAGACGCCCGAUGUGAAGCCAAGCAUGAUCAUGGGACCCCCCGACAUGGCUGUCGAGGAGCGUCGGCCAUUGAUUCGAUGCAAUGCACCAGCCUCUGUCCCCCUGACAGCGCUGGCCGAGCUGCCCACUACAUCGCUCUGUCCUGGCAUGUUCAAAGUCAAAGCACGUGUCAUCUCGACCAAUCCCGCCAAGGUGGAGCAAUGGGGACGAGCCGAAUGCAAGGCAUGCAAAAGGCUGUUGCCACUCGAUCAGCGCUUCUGCAUCAAGUGCGGGGACGAAGAGGGCGAAUCGCUUUCGUACUGCCUUCGCUUCGCGAUCAUGCUCGAAGAGGUCGAUUCGGAAUACGUCGCACGCAAGCAGCAGCAGCGGGCUGGAGCGGGCGCUGCCGAGGCUAGCUCGAUGAAGGUCGCGAUCCCACUGCUCUUCCACGGUCGGAUGGCUGAAGUGCUUCUGCCAUGCGUGGACGCCAAGGCGGUGUUCAAGGGUGAACGGUCGGGCACGAAAGCACUCAAACGUUUCCACCAGCGUCUGCUGCAUCCGAACGAGUACGGAUUGGACCCGGAACAGGUUCUGGCGGUAUACUCUUAUCCAUCUCAGGAGUCCGGUCGGACGGUUCGAAGGUUUGCAGCGCUCAAGGAGCUGAAUUGCCUGCAUAGUCCACGGGACUUGCUUUGA